CCUGCUAAUACUGUCUCCUGCCCUCAGAGCUCCUUCCUAGUCUUCAUUUUCGACACGAUGCUCUUCACCAGUAUUCUCCUCGUCGCCUUGUCCGCUGCAGGAUCCGAGGCAGCUGUAUCCCGACGCAGCCCUUUCCUACCCCUCGGCAUUUCAGGUACCUCCUUGGUGAGAAGGCAGGUCGACCCCAGUGAUAUUCCAACCGAGUGCCAAUCUGCCUGCACGAGCCCUCUCAACAGCAUCAACAGCUGUGUCACCGCGGAGUGUGGAUGCACAACCAGCAUCGCAUCGGGCCUCGAGGACUGCAUCAACUGUGUCGUGGAUCUCGACCCAACCUCCGAUAACAUUGAGUCGGGACAGGAGACCCUAGAUGCCUAUGACGAAGUGUGCUCUGAAUCGGAUAUCCCUGUGGGGUCGUUGACGGUUACCGCCGAUCCCUCCGACUCCUCUGCCACCGGAUCCGUCAGCUUUACCGACACGUUCUCUGACUCCUUCUCCGACCUCACUACCUCCGCCGCCGCUGCCUCUUCGACAAGGGCUGCCGGGACUAUCACCUCGUCCAGGUCGGCCGCCACCUCGAGCGCGGAUAACGAAGAUCCAUCUGCGACUUCCACGGGCUCCUCCGACCCUCUUGGUAGUAAUGCGAACGGUGCUCGCGUUGCCGGGGCAGCCAACAUUGCUGGAGUGGUUGGUGCUGGGGUUUUGAUGGGUGUCGUGGCGUGCUUGGUGUAAGGGGCAGUAAAGAUUAUACCAAGUCGGCGAUGGAUGCGAGCAAGUCUGGUGGCUAGUCUUUCUUCGUUCUACCUUUACGAAUCUGGAGUAUACCUCGGACAUUCCUAACUCGAGUCUCGUCAUGUCUGCUCCGAACAUAACGUCAAUGAUAUUGUAUAUUUAUGGUGUACGG